CUCACAGAUAUAUUUGCCAUGGACGUGGUCCCAGCCAAAGAUCUCGAGGAGAAAAGUAUUAAACGGGCAAACAAACCUUGCUUAUAUAUCCCGUUCCUGGCAGCAGUUGGAAGGCAAACAAACGGGCAGGGGGGCGAGAUUAGAUUAGAAAGGGUACACCUACCAAAGUAAAUGGCCACCGCUCGGCAGCACAUUCCCAAGCGCAGCCUUGGUGAUCUUCUUCCGCGUAACGGCUUUCGGUUCAACUACGACACGCAGGGGAGAAAGCUGUGCGCACGUCGAAGCUACGACAAGGCCAUCACGAAUGCUCUCUCAACCGUGGUGCGGCUCGUCAAAGAUGACGUCGAGCCACGGCUCACCAAGAUCUUUGUCGACGCCGCCGCCAUCGCCGCGGAACACGAAUGCGAUUUCCUGGCCAUGAUCGAGCCGCUGCAGCAAAGGCAGGACUGGACCGCCCGGCUACCGCAGGCGGUCAUGGUCGAACUGGUGCGCGAGCUGUUCGAGGGCCGCGCCCGCUGGCAUGCGCACAAGAGACCUCCGUUUGACGUCGGCCAGCACGGCGCGCUGGCCAAGGGCAUCGACGCCCUGGCCGAGAUUGUGGGAGCAUCCUGGACCGUCGGCGUGGAGGAUUUGUACCACCUCGCCGGCGGUUAUCUGGAUCAGGGUCCCGGCGACGACAGCAGCGAUGACAAGGCUGGCGGUGCCGACGCUCGGAAUACCGACGGCCAGACCAAACAGUGCCGAUGACCAAAGUGCCGCCCAAGCCGGUUGCAUUCUUUGGCCAGUUUCGUGAUGCGCCCGAUGAUUAUGGAC